UCAAAAUUUAUCUCUAAAAGAAAAAAAUGUUUUGGGGUUUUAGUGAAUCACUUGAUUUGUACGAAGAGUACCAAAAAAAUGUGAAAACUAGUGAGAAACAAUCCGAAGUGAAAAUUUUAUUGUUUGGUAGUUCGGAUCCGCGACAUAUUCUCAAAACGGUAGCCAAACGUUAUCAACAUUGUGCAAAAGUGCAUUUCUAUAUUAUCGAAGCAUGUCCAGCUUUAAUUGCGCGCCAAAUAAUUUUGCUGUCAAUUGCAUUAGAACCUGCACAUUUGUUAACCUUAUCAGCUCGGACGCAUUUAUUCAUGGAUAUAUACGGGAACGCCUUGAUUCGAUCAACGUCAAUGGGUUACAUCGAUAGCAAAGCAAAACAUUUGAUAAAAUGUGUCACCGAUUUAGAGUUUAAUGAAAAAAUGCAACCGAUUUUCGAUUUUAAUCAUUUAAAAUUCAUUGAACGCGAUACGAUGGAAAAUGUGUUUAGUUUUUGGCGUGAAAAUGAACGAAAUAAAUUUGACAUGAAUGCGACAUGGAUGCAACGACUUCGGCAACAUUUACGCGAACGUUUCGAUUGCCGGCAAGGUGCUUAUGAUUGGGAUCUUCAAAUGCGGUUAAAAGAUAAUGGUGCUCAACAAAUCUGUUCACAAGAGUACAAACAUUGGCGUGAAACCGGAAUUGCUUUCACAUUUCCGGAAUAUAGUCAAUCUCAUGCGAACAAAACAUUUGCAUUGCAACCGUCCAAAUUGAAUGCAGGUGGUUAUAUGGGCGAAAUAACAAUCGGGCCAUUUUGUGCAUACGGAUUGUCGUGCCAAGAUCAAAAAUUACUUAAAUCCAACUACGGACAAAAUGAAUACCGUGCAACCGAUAUAACCGAACGCAAUUUAUUGGAACUAUUUUAUGAAAUUCAUGAACAACAACCAGCCACUCCGGAUGUAUUGGUUACUCAUAAACUUGGAAUGGCCAAAAUUAAUACGGGCAAAAUAUUCGAAGCAAAAACUCAUGAAAUUGAUUACAAUGAUCUCAAAAAAUUCAAUGAGCCACUCAUUUUAACGGAUCAAAUUAAAAUUUCAUUCUUAUCGAUGGCCGACGCCCAAACUCUUGUCGAUGGCAAUAAGUUUCAUCAAAAUUUUGACGUUGUUUUUAUCGGUCGAAAUUAUUUUCCAAUUGUUAAAAAGGAAUUGGCAAAAGUGUUAGCGUCAAAUGCGUUAAUUUUAUUCGAAACAGCACAAUUUUCGAUUCAAAGAAAACCCGAAAUUAAUACAUUUCUGAUGAAAAUUAGAGACAUGGCCAAAGAAAUGAAUUUAAAAGCAAUAAGUAACUUUAACAUCAAUUUGCCAUUGUCGGUGGCCAAAUUUGUAAAGAUUGAUUUAGAUCAGGAACAUAAUAUCGACAUUUAAAUCGAUGUGAAAUCCUCCGAAAACAUGGUAGAAUUGGUAAUAUUACGACAAAAAAAAGUAAAAAUCCA